UUGACAGUGUGAAUAGUAAUUCCGUCCAGAUUAUUUGGAUAUUGUUUUGAGUAUUGUCCAAUUAGCUUAGAGAUUUCUUACCUCAUAUUAUUGUUUAUUUAUACAGGUCCUUAGUGGUUUAUGAUGCCCGACAUCAUUAGCAAUCUUCCCCAUAAUGUAAUCGACGUCAUUCUGAUACGUAUGCCUUGCAAAGAUGCUGUGAGGACAAGUGUUUUAUCAAAGAAAUGGAGGUAUCACUGGUGUAGACGUACGGAGUUGACCCUUGAUGAGUCUCUAUGGAAUAGAGAGGAUUUAAACCCUACAGUUAGAUUUAGGGAGAUCAUCAACCAGAUCUUGACCCUUCACGAAGGGCCCAUUACUAAGUUUACCCUCGACAUCGUUCAUCUAAAAAGGUCUCCUGAAAUUGACAACUUCAUAUUAUUCCUGAGGAAUCACAUUCAACAUCUUGUUCUGCACCUUCCAUUGGGAAUUCAAUACACAGUGCCAUCUACCCUUUUCACAUGUUCGCAACUGAGGCAUCUAAAUCUUCAUUUUUGUUCAAUUUCUCAUCCAUCGGCCUUUGAAGGAUUUGAUAAGUUAAUCAGCCUGGAACUAUGUGGAGUCUCAACUUCUUCUGAAUUGCUGGAAAGUUUGAUAUCUCAUUGCCCCUUGCUUGAGAAAUUGGAGAUGUCUAUUUUAGAAGAUUUAGACAUGAUUGAAAUUAAUGCUCCUAUGCUAAAAUUGUUCAGUUUCUCAGGCGAUAUAAGUUCUAUUUGCCUAAAGAAUGUCCCUCGUCUAGUUGAAGCAUCUCUGAUAGGUGACAUUGAGCAGACAGAGAGUCUUGAUUUUGCAAAGAUUUUCGAGUCUUGUUCUGCUCUCGAGCAACUCAGCUUGAACUUCUUAAAUUCGGAGGUAAAUGUUUCUCCCUGUCUUUAUUGUUAUACACUUCAAUGGAUUGAAUAUCUUUUGGGCUGACUUAAUCUUGAAUUUAUGUAAUUUUUUCUUAGUUCGUUGCUGAAGAAGGAUAUAGAGUACCAAGAAGACUUCCAGUUAACCUUAACAAUGUCAGGCGAUUUGACGUGCCUGACAUUUUGCUUGUGGAAUCAUAUAAACUAUCGUAUAUCAUGUGCUUACUAAGAAGCUUCCCGAAUCUUGAAUAUCUUGAACUGCAGGUUUGUAGUGCUUUGAUAUUUUUUUAAUUUUAUUUAGUGGUUCUUUGUUGUGCUUCUUUUAUCUUUAAUAAUCUGAUAGUUGUUUUCU